UGGACUCUAGGUGUGGCCUGUGCUCUUUUAGUCUGGGAAUUCUUGGGUCCUGGUACAGGCUCAUAGGAGAAUUUAAACAAAGAAGAUGGACAGAAGCUGGUUCCCCAGGGAGAGACUCUCCUUCUAUCUUGUUCUCAGUCUUCUGCUUCCAGGAAGAGGCAGUACUUUCACCAUCAACUGCACAGGGUUUAGCCAGAAUGGGAAGUAUACGACCGCUCUGGAUUCAGUGUUUGAGAGAAAGGCCUUCCGUCCAGCCAUCAACUUCAGCAUCCCCACCAUAGUCAACAUCUCCUUCACUGUGUCUGCCAUCCUAGAUGUUGAUGAACAGUUACAGCUCUUGUCAUCAUUUCUGUGGCUGGAAAUGGUUUGGGACAACCCAUUUAUUAGUUGGAACCCAGAGGAGUGUGAGGGCAUCUCGAAGAUCAGUGUGGCAACCAAGAACCUGUGGCUCCCAGACAUUUUCAUCACUGAAUUCGUGGAUGUGGAUAAGACCCCAAAAGGCCUCAAGGCAUUCAUAAGUAAUGAAGGUCGCAUCAGGUAUAAGAAACCCAUGAAGGUGGUGAGCAUCUGUAACCUGAACAUCUUCUACUUCCCCUUUGACCAACAGAACUGCACCCUCACCUUCAGCUCAUUUCUCUACACAGUGGAGUACAUAUCACUGGGCAUGGAGAAUGAAGUGUGGGAAAUAGCAGACACAUCCCAGGACAUCAUUCAGACCCAUGGAGAAUGGGAGCUCCUGGGCAUCAACAAGGCCACCCCAAAGAAGUCUGUAGGCACCAACCUGUAUGAUCAGAUCAUCUUCUAUGUGGCCAUCAGGCGCAGACCCAAAUUCUACAUUAUGAAUCUCCUGGUGCCGAGUAGCUUUCUGGUCACCAUUGACGCCCUCAGCUUCUAUCUGCCAGCAGGAAGCAAGAACCGUGCUCCGUUCAAGAUAACUCUUCUGCUGGGCUACAAUGUCUUCCUGCUCAUGAUGAAUGACUUACUCCCUGCCAGUGGCACCCCCCUCAUCAGUGUCUAUUUUGCCCUGUGUCUGUCCCUGAUGGUGCUCAGCCUGCUGGAGACCAUCUUCAUCUCCUACCUGCUGGACCUGGCCACCACCCAGCCCCCACCUAUGCCUCGCUGGCUCCAUUUCCUGCUUCUACACUGCACCAGCCCAAGGACAUGCUGCCCCGCUGUGCCCUGGAAGGGAAACAUGGACCUUGCCCACCUGCCUGGUGUGAAGGAGCCCAUGGAGUUGGUGGGGAAGUUGCCAGGUCCCAGAGAGACAGAGCUAAAUGGGUGCCCUGGGUCCACGAGGGCCCAGCAGGAAGACAAGGCUCAAAAGCAGCACUUGGUCAGCCUGUGGGUGCAGUUCAGCCACAUGAUGGACACCUUGCUCUUCUGCCUCUACCUGAUCUUCUUGGCCACUUCCAUUGUCACAGUCACCAUCCUCUGGAACACCUAAGCAUGGCAUCUGUCUGCUCCUGCACAUCCAGCUCAGAGUUGCUCUGGCCUCCAGGGGUCAGGCAGGUCUUUGUGUUUGUUGAGUACUGACUGUCAUGGCCUCAAAGAUGAUAAAGUUUCCUGCGACAUUCCAUGCAUCUCAAUCCAGCCCUGCCGGUCAGUCUCAACCCAAUUACAAUUACAAGAAGAACAAUUCCUCUGUUCCUGCAUUCUGUUGGCUUCUCUCAGCUCUCCCAUGAGAUUCUGGGCUCCCCUUUAUAUCUUCUGCAUAGCAGUUCUACCUCCUCUGCCUGCUUAACUGGCCCCAAUAAAUCAUUUUGCAGACAAUU